UCCGUAUGCAGAUAUGCUACAUGACAAAGACAGAAAUGUAAAGUACUACCAAGGUAUCCGGGCUGCCGUGAGCAGGGUGAAGGACAGAGGACAGAAGGCCUUGGUUCUUGACAUUGGCACUGGCACAGGACUCUUGUCAAUGAUGGCAGUCACAGCAGGCGCCGACUUCUGCUAUGCUAUCGAGGUUUUCAAGCCUAUGGCUGAUGCUGCUGUGAAGAUUGUGGAGGAAAAUGGCUUUAGUGAUAAGAUUAAGGUUAUCAACAAGCAUUCCACCGAGGUGACUGUAGGUCCAGAGGGUGACAUGCCAUGCCGUGCCAACAUCCUGGUCACAGAGUUAUUUGACACAGAGCUGAUAGGGGAGGGAGCGCUGCCCUCCUAUGAGCACGCACACAGGCAUCUCGUGGAGGAAAACUGUGAGGCUGUGCCCCACAGAGCCACCGUCUAUGCACAGCUGGUGGAGUCCAGGAGGAUGUGGUCAUGGAACAAACUGUUUCCCAUCCGUGUGCAGACCAGCCUCGGAGAGCAGGUCAUCGUCCCUCCCAUGGACCUGGAGAGGUGCCCUGGAGCACCCUCUGUCUGUGAUAUUCAGCUGAACCAGGUGUCACCAGCCGAAUUCACAGUCCUCAGUGAUGUGCUGCCCAUUUUCAGUGUGGACUUCAGCAAGCAAGUCAGUAGCUCAGCAGCCUGCCAUAGCAGGCAGUUUGAACCUCUGGCAUCUGGCCGAGCUCAGGUGGUUCUCUCGUGGUGGGACAUUGAAAUGGACCCUGAGGGGAAGAUCAAGUGCACCAUGGCCCCCUUCUGGGCACACUCAGACCCAGAGGAGAUGCAGUGGCGGGACCACUGGAUGCAGUGUGUAUACUUCCUGCCACAAGAGGAGCCUGUGGUGCAGGGCUCAGCGCUCUGCCUGGUAGCCCACCAUGAUGACUACUGCAUAUGGUACAGCCUGCAGAGGACCAGUCCUGGAAACAAUGAGAGGGUCCGCGAGAUGCGUCCCGUGUGCGACUGCCAGGCUCACCUGCUCUGGAACCGGCCUCGGUUUGGAGAGAUCAAUGAUCAGGACAGAACUGAUCGAUAUGUCCAGGCCCUGAGGACUGUGCUGAAGCCAGACAGUGUGUGCCUGUGUGUCAGUGAUGGCAGCCUGAUGUCCAUGCUGGCCCAUCACCUCGGGGCGGAGCAGGUAUUUACAAUCGAGAGCUCAGCGGCUUCUCACAAGCUGAUGAGAAAAAUAUUCAAGGCUAACCACUUGGAAGAUAAAAUUAACAUCAUAGAGAAACGGCCAGAAUUAUUAACAAAUGAGGAUCUGAAGGGUAGAAAGGUCUCUCUUCUCCUGGGUGAGCCGUUCUUCACUACCAGCCUGCUGCCGUGGCACAACCUCUACUUCUGGUAUGUUCGGACCACUGUGGACCAGCACCUGGGGCCAGGCGCUGCGGUGAUGCCCCAGGCAGCCUCGCUGCACGCUGUGGUUGUGGAGUUCAGGGACCUGUGGCGGAUCCGGAGCCCCUGUGGUGACUGCGAAGGCUUCGACGUGCACAUCAUGGACGACAUGAUUAAGCGUGCCCUGGACUUCAGGGAGAGCAGGGAGGCUGAGCCGCACCCACUGUGGGAGUACCCGUGCCGCAGCCUCUCCGAACCCUGGCAGAUCCUGGCCUUUGACUUCCAGCAGCUGGUGCCCCUGCAACCCCUGCGUGCCGAGGGCAUUGUGGAGCUCCAGAGGCCCGGGCAGAGCCAUGCGGCAGUGCUGUGGAUGGAGUACCACCUGACCCCGGAGAACAUGCUCAGCACUGGUCUCCUGGAGCCUGUGGACCCCGAGGGGGUCUGCUGCUGGAACCCCCACUGUAAGCAGGCCGUCUACUUCUUCAGCCCUGCCCCAGAUCCCAGAGUGCCGCUGAGUGGCCCACAGACGGUCAGCUAUGUGGUGGAGUUUCACCCUGACACCGGCGACAUCGCCAUGGAAUUCAGGCUCGAAGACACCCAACUGACCGCUCCUGGGCAAUAAAGUGGCUCAGGGCUUUCUGAGGG